AUGCUAACGAAAAGUGAUAUCAUGGUUUUCCGACCUACAGAAGAGGAGUUUAAAAACUUCAAUCAGUAUGUAAAAUUCAUUGAAGAAUGUGGAGCUCAUAAGAUUGGCCUUGCUAAGGUAAUACCACCUUCGUCGUGGAAAGCUAGAAGUAACUAUGAUGACAUCGAAUUAACUAUUACAGCCCCAAUUAUGCAAACAAUCCUUGGAAAAAACGGAAUGUAUGAACAAAUCAACAUUCAGAAAAAGACUGUCUCGUUAAAAAAUUUCGAAAAGAUGGCUAUCAGUGACAGAUAUAAGCCUCCAAAAUCGACAGAUUACAAUGAUUUGGAGAGAAAGUAUUGGAAGAACAUUACCUUCCAUUCACCAAUAUAUGGAGCUGAUGUCUCAGGAAGUCUCUAUGAUCCCGAUAUCAAGGACUGGAACAUAAAUCACCUAAAUUCUGUUCUAGAUAUUGUUGAGAAAGAAUGUGACGUCAAAAUUCCCGGUGUAAAUACUGCAUAUUUAUAUUUUGGAAUGUGGAAAACUACAUUUGCUUGGCAUACGGAAGACAUGGACUUAUAUAGUAUAAAUUAUUUGCACUAUGGGCAGCCCAAAACCUGGUACUGUAUUCCACCUCAGCAAGGAAAACGAUUAGAACGCCUAGCCUCAGGGUUAUUUCCAAAUCAAUUUCGCGAGUGCCAAGCUUAUUUUCGGCAUAAGUCCUUAAUUUUAUCUCCAAAAGUUCUAAAACAGUUUGCAAUUCCCUACCAUAAGAUUACUCAAGAACAGGGCGAAUUUAUGAUCACAUUUCCAUACGCAUACCAUGCCGGGUUUAAUCACGGCUACAAUUGUGCGGAAUCAACUAAUUUUGCUACGGAACGAUGGAUUGAUUAUGGUAAAGUCGCAACCCAGUGUCGCUGCCGACCCGAUAACGUCCGAAUUAACAUGGAUGUUUUUAUCAAGUUAUUUCAAGUAUUUUCAGCAACAGUGCUUAUAUUGUUCGCUACUGUCGCUAAACACAAUUAUUUGAGUAGUAACGGUAGUCUAUUUGUUCUAUUUCUCACAGCCUGA